CAGUGUUUGGCACUGGACUAGCAGCCCUCAGUUUUGAAGGUUGGCUGUUUUAAAAGUGUAGUGCUGUUUCCCAAGUUCAAUCAGUGUCUUUUAAGUCUUCAAUAAGAUGUAUCAUGUGAAGAUGCCUUUCGUUUAAAAUUUUUUUGUUAUGUGCUUUGGAGCGUUACACGUAUGCAUGCAACAAUGAUGUUCAAGAGGUGACGAGAGCUCCAACGACAAAAUGAAUAAAUCAAUCAUAAACUGCCAUCAACGAAGAUCAUCAGAUAUUAGUCCAUUGCACCAAAGUAUUUUGCACUCUGAUGAUUUGUUUCACUGCCUGUCAACUGUUGGAGUCUCCAGACUACGAGGGAUAUUUCCGCUUAACUUUACUGUAAAGAAGUUUAUUCAACUAACCAAAUAUGAACUACAGAAUGAGUAUGGGUUGACAAACCAAAGAGAUAUUACCGACCUGGUUGCCGCGCUAGAAAAACUAAGAAUCCGAUUUUCUGUCGAUGUUUCAAAAGAAGAUUAUAAGAACCUAAAGGUUGAUACGGACUUCGCCUUGCCAUAUUCCACCGAAACAAGAAGCACAAUGCACACUUCAGCCUCAGUUCACGACUUUGGGUCUUGUGUACCUCGAGGUUUGAGAUUUCAACGCCAAAUGUCUGACCAGGCUUUGGCUCGACGUGGCAGCCUUGCUAGUCUUACAUCCCCAGCAAUUAGUAAGUCAUAUUUUAACUUUUUGUUUUUAUGUUUUAUAAAAUGUAACAUAGGAAAUCAUUUUUAGAGUUUUGAUUUUUUUCAUGUUUCGAGUUUUUACCUUAACAUGCAAUCUAUUUUGAGUUUGGUUUUGAUAUUUUGAACGUUGUUUUUAUGAUUCAUAUUCAUAAUGUGUUUGACGUUUAGAGAUUCAGUGCUUUAACAUUGCUGUUACAAAAAC